GCGCAAGAAAAAAAUAGCUUCCCGCACAUAGAAGCCGCGAACCAAAUACUUCUUCAUCAACCUGAUAAAUCAGGGGACUGUAAAUUGAAUUGCGGAUACGUGUUGGUAAAGUUAAGGUUUUUGUUUGAAAUCAUUAUCGAUUAAGAUGAUUGAACCGAAGUUUCUUGGGUUGGACUUCAGCUGUGCAUUGAGUUCCCUCAGCAAUGGUCAAAUCCCAAAAAAGGACUGUUUGCUUCCGCUGAUAUCCAAGGUUCUGGGCUACUGCAUCGUAGCCGCCUCCACCACUGUCAAACUCCCUCAGAUACUCAAAAUAUUGAAACAUCAAAGCAUUAGAGGCCUAAGCAUUGUCGCCUUUGAACUUGAAGUAAUUGGAUAUACAAUUGCCUUGGCAUACUGUCUUCAUAAAGGGCUUCCAUUUUCAGCCUAUGGAGAGUUGGCAUUUCUUUUAGUACAAGCUAUAAUAUUGGUUGCCAUCAUCUAUUACUUCUCUCAACCUCUAGGAACCAAGACAUGGAUCAGGGCAUUACUAUAUUGUGCUAUAGCACCAACUAUUUUAGCUGGUCGGGUUGAUCCCAUUCUCUUCGAGGCAUUAUAUGCAUCCCAGCAUGCAAUUUUCUUCUUUGCCAGGGUCCCACAGAUAGUUGAGAAUUUUAAGAACGGCAGUACUGGUGAACUUAGCUUUUUGACUUCUUUGAUGAAUUUCGCAGGUUCCAUGGUUAGGGUUUUUACCAGCCUCCAGGAGAAAGCUCCAACAAGUGUUGUUCUGGGUUCUGCUAUCGGUGUGGUGACAAAUGGUACCAUCCUGAGUCAGAUAAUAAUAUAUCAGAAGCCACAGCCGAAGAAAGAGAAGAAAACGGAUUAGAAGAUUUGGCUCUUCCGGACUCCAAGCAUCAUUAUUGCCUUUAAUUAUUUAUUCAGCAACUGACAGAAUCGAUAAUGUUUUCUUUUAUCAAUUCGAGACUUGGGGUAUCUUAGCUACCAUUUGGUGGUGGGUUCAGAAGAAAGUUUCCUUUCACAGACAACGACGUGAUACAUUCAGAUUUUUAUGGCUCUUCCACCCAUUUGAUAUUUGUUUUUGUAUCCAAAACACCUACGUUCGGUGUUGAGAAUUUCCUGCUAAAGUUGCACGAAAGACAACUACGUUCAACCGUAAAACUUGGAUAUAGGAUGUAUGGUUAUAAAAAAAAUAGAAACCCUUUCCAGUGGUAA